AUGGCACCUUUAACCAAGCUUCGCAACAGAAGUGUGGGGGAGUUCCCGGAGGAACGUAACCGAUCUCCGAAUAUCCACGAGGGUCAUGCUCUCGCAUUUCUGCUCUCUCACUUGAGUCUUGCACUGAUGGAGAGCAACAUGAGCGCACAUGUGUAUCCAGGCAUCUGUGACCCGUCUACCAAACACCCGCACCGAGCGGCUCUGAUUCUGGCACGCGGUGGCAGUAAAGGAAUACCGUUGAAGAACAUAAAGGUUCUUGCUGGAGUUCCUCUCAUCGGAUGGGUCGUGAGAGCUGCUCUGGAUUCAGAUGUCAUUGACAGUGUUUGGGUGUCUACUGAUCAUGAUGAGAUUGAACAAGUUGCUCGAAUCUGUGGUGCAAAAGUUCACCGGCGCAGUCCUGAAGUUUCCAAAGACUCCUCCAGCUCACUGGAGACCAUCAAAGAUUUCAUCUGGCAUAGAUCUGAGGUGGACAUUGUUUGUCAUAUUCAGGCAACUUCUCCAUGUCUGCACCCGUUUCAUAUCACUGGAGCUCUGCAGAUGAUCACUGAACAGGGUUAUGACUGUGUGUUCUCAGUUGUGCGCAGACAUCAGUUUCGCUGGACUGAGGUGAAGAAAGGUAAAAAAAUAUUUGAGCCUCUGAACAUCAAACCAGGAUACAGAAAACGACGUCAAGACUGGCCCGGGGAGCUCUAUGAAAACGGAUCUUUUUACUUUUACACAAGAGAAGCUGUGGAAAAGGGCCUUCCGGAGGAGCUGAAGUGGGGCUACUAUGAGAUGCUCCCAGAAUACAGUGUUGAUAUUGAUGUGGAUAUAGAUUGGCUGGUGGCUGAGCAGAGAAUUUUGAGGUAA